UGGAAACCAUAGAGGGAAAUUUCUGCUGAUGGAGGACCCUGAGAAGAAGCUGAACCAGAAGAGUGACGGCAAACCCCGGAAAGUACGAUUUAAAAUCUCUUCCUCCUACAGUGGUCGAGUGUUGAAGCAGGUCUUUGAGGAUGGGCAGGAAUUAGAAUCGCCAAAGGAGGAAUACCCUCACAGUUUUCUCCAAGAGUCCCUUGAACCAAUGGAUGGUGUUUAUGGGUCUGGGGAAGCCCCCAAACCCCAACCGUACUCCCCUAAGCUGACUGCUCAAAGGAUCAGCGUGUUUAGAGAGGGCAAUGCCUAUACUUUGGCGGGCAGCCAGCCUUUCUUCAACGAUUACAAGGCAAAUGACCACAAGUCCCCACCUAUUAUAGAUUUUGGAAAGAUAAUCAUCUACACAAAUAACCUGAAAAUCAUUCGAACCCCAAUGGACAAGAGAGACUUCAUGAGGAAAAUUCUCCAGAAGGAAGGGGAGGUUGAAGAAGAGUCUCUGAUGACCAAAGAAGAAAUCUAUGGAGACAGCGACCAGAAUAAUGGGCCUUUGGCAGAGACAGAAAGCACGUUCCCCCACAACCAGUACCCCCAGGAAGGGGAGCUUCCAGAUGACAACUGUUUUCACUGCCGAGGGUCGGGCAGUGCCACCUGCUCUCUGUGCCACGGCAGCAAGUUCUCGAUGCUGGCCAACAGAUUUAAGGAGUCCUAUCGGGCCCUGCGGUGCCCUGCCUGCAAUGAGAAUGGCCUGCAGCCUUGCCAGAUUUGCAAUCAAUAG